GGGUGUCAGAUGCCAGCCCUUAGCUGGGCCGGAUCUUUUUGUGUUUGUAAUCGUCACCCGUUUAGCAAUAUUAAUAUUUUGUGGACUCAAUCAAUGUCGGACGUGUUUAAGUUGAAAUUUAGAUUGGAUUGGACAUAGCAAUAAAUUGGUUUCUUUCUGGUUGAACCCUACACUGCCCAGCCAUGGCGUACUCCACACAAAGGGAGUUCUUCCACGUGCCGUUUCGGAACGAGACCUAUGAGUUCGAGUGCUCCGAAGAGUGCGUUAAACUGAAGACCUAUCCGUCCACGGUGGACGACAGGUCGUGGUCAGCCAACGAGGAUAGAAAGUCACAAUUCGUGGCCGAUCUGGUGGCCUGCAACACACCCGUGAAGGGUGGACAGCGUGGAGGUCCAGAGGAUGAGUACGGAACUAACCUGGUGGUGGGCGACAGCCUGAUCAAUGCCGCCGACGACACAAUUGGGCGCAUGCAGGAUCUGAUGGUCAGGAACAACUUGCUAAAAAAGAAGUUGGCCGAUUCCGACGACAAACUAAGGACGGCCCAGGAGGAGAGUGACGAAAUCAAACGGAUCAUGGAUCAGCGCUACGAUCCGCAAAAGGCGAAGGAGCUAAAAGAAAAGAUCAAGGAGCUGGCCGAUGCCGGCAAAAUCACUCCGAAGGACGAAAAGGAACUUAGCGACUUACAGAAGGCCAUCGACGACAUGAACAAGGCCCAUGACAUCCUCCAGGCUGAGAACGGCAACCUCAAGCGACUGAUCGAGAAGCAGUCGAAAAGAUGCCGGCUGGACAGCGUCAAGAUCGAUCCGGAAAGGAGUAACGACAUUCCUUACCUGCAGAACAAGAUCGAUGAUCUGGGAAAAGAGGUCAAGCUGCUGCGUCAAGCCGAGGACGAGAAAAUGACGGGUUCCGGUGCUGGUAGGGGCGGUUACUCGCCGGAGAAGGAUCCAGACAACAUCCAGCGGAUCGUGGCGGAGCGCGAUGCCCUGAGGAGGAAGUGCAAGGAACUGGCCGAUCUCAGCGACAAGGUCAACCAGCUGGAGCAAAAUGCCAACAAGGCGGCCUGCCACUCGUGCAACCUCGAGAACAACCUCCAGCAGCAGAACCAAUGCAUAAACGAUAUGCAACGCGAAAUGGCGGACAUGCAGGACUACUACGAGAACGAGGUGGACAAGGCAAAGGGAAACGAGGAGAUUCUCAAGUGUCGAUGUCAACAAAUGAAGAAGGAGCUGAUGGCCGCCAAGAGCGCCGCCCAGCGGGCCUGUUGCCAGCAAAAGGAGAUCGAUGUUCUGCGCAACGAGCUUCGAAAGCGGGACAUUGCCCUCAACGCUUAUGAUUGCCAGUACAAGCAGCUUAUGUUGAAGGCCAAGAUGUUCAAGAGUGCAGGCUAUCGUUUCCUCGACGACCUACCACCUGACUGCUGUGACUGUAGCGCGGAUGGUGAGGAGGAGGAGGGAUGAGACUGAUAGCCCAGGAACCGGAGUCUUAUCUUCGUUCAGAUUGUUUCCAAAUUUCCAACAGCCAUUUCCCGAAAUCUAAAGUUUUACCAAAUUACAAACCAUAUAUGCGCCAACUUCAAACCGUACUUUUGAAACUGUCCAAUUCCUAUUACUGAAUAUAUUUUUAAAUAUCAA